GCUGGAACAAAAUUUUGCCUCGGACGACGAAGUUGACUAGCUGCAGUAGAAAAAGGAAGGAGAAAGAUAUUUCUUUUUAAUUUAAUUUUUCCAAUUUCCUUGGACUUCUUCUCUGUUCCUUCUUCGUCCAAAUCAGAAUUUGGACAUUCAUUCCUUCCUCGAAUCCCUUUUCCCUUCAGCACAGGGCAGCAGCCAGGGAGGGGCAAAUAAGAAGAGGGGAGAAAACCCCCUUUCCAGGCAAGUUGGCUGCUUCACCAGCUAGCUCACUGCUGGAAACUGCGGGAAAAAGUGGUGAAUUUUCAUGGCGGGGGUUUAGUUCAGACGGAAGAUCGAGAGAGGCUGGUUCAUGGAUUGAUUAGGUCUGCAAUGGAGUACAAGAAGGAAAAGCUCGUGAGGUUUUAUCCGGAGGGCAAGCAACAUAUUGGGAUUUUUCCAUGGGGCAAAGGUGAUGCAAUAUACCCGGAAAAUCCGGAGAAAGUCUCAUCAUCUUCAUUGCUCAUGACGGGGAGCAAAGGAGGGGGAAAGCUGCCAGAGACCUCGAAGAUGGGAGGGGGAAGGGGGGCCAAUGUCUUCUCGGAGGACUAUCAACCGUGGCACCAGAAAAUGCUGGAUCCUGGCAGUGAUAUUGUGUUGAGAUGGAACAGGAUCUUCCUUGUAUCAUGCUUAGUUGCUCUCUUCAUCGAUCCGCUCUACUUUUAUCUGCCUACCAUAGGAGGGGACGGGAAGAGUUCUUCGUGUGUUAGCACGGAUUACAACUUGAGAAUCGUCAUCACAUUCUUCAGAAGUGUGGCAGAUCUGUUCUAUCUUCUGCAUGUGGUGUUGAAAUUCAGGACUGCUUAUGUUGCCCCGAGCUCUCGUGUGUUUGGCAGGGGCGAGCUUGUCAUGGAUCCCAAGUUGAUUGCCCAGAGGUACAUUCGAUCCGACUUUUUGAUUGACCUCAUUGCCACUCUGCCUCUCCCUCAGAUAGUUGUCUGGUUCAUCAUCCCCGCAACUAGAAAGCCUCGAACUGAUCAUAACAACAAUGCGCUUGCCCUGAUCGUGUUGCUUCAGUAUAUCCCUAGAUUAUAUCUCAUCUUCCCACUCAGCUCCCAAAUUAUCAAGGCUACUGGUUUGGUCACUAGGACAGCUUGGGCAGGAGCUGCUUACAAUCUUCUAUUGUACAUGCUGGCAAGCCAUGUUCUAGGAGCAUCAUGGUAUUUGCUAUCCAUUGAGAGGCACACAACCUGCUGGAAAAGGAUUUGUAGGAAUGAAACUGCUCCUAUCAAGUGUGAGCUCAAUUACCUCGAUUGCGAUGCUUUCAACCACAACGAUAGGAUAACAUGGGCAAAAAACACCACUGUGUUUCGAGAUUGUGAUCCGAGUAAUGAUAUUCAGUUCCAAUAUGGGUUGUUUGGAAAUGCUGUGACGAAAAAAGUUGUAUCUACCAGUUUUGUGGAUAAGUACUUCUAUUGCUUGUGGUGGGGGUUACAGCAAUUAAGUUCAUAUGGCCAGAACUUGACAACAAGCACAUUCAUUGGGGAGACAUCAUUUGCUAUACUGAUAUCAAUCAUGGGUCUCGUUCUUUUUGCCCAUUUGAUUGGCAAUAUGCAGACGUACCUUCAAUCUCUUACAGUGAGACUCGAGGAAUGGCGGCUCAAACGGAGGGACACAGAAGAGUGGAUGAGACAUCGCCAGCUGCCUGAAGACCUGAGGCACCGCGUUCGACGCUUUGUCCAAUACAAGUGGAUUGCAACUCGAGGCGUCCUUGAGGAAGAUAUUCUACGCGGCUUGCCUACUGAUCUCCGGCGUGACAUCCAGCGACACCUCUGCCUCGAUCUUGUCCGACGUGUUCCGUUCUUCUCGCAGAUGGAUGAUCAGUUGCUUGAUGCAAUCUGCGAGCGCCUGGUUUCUUCCCUUAGCACGCAAGGCACCUACAUUGUUCGGGAAGGCGAUCCUGUGACGGAAAUGCUGUUCAUAAUUCGGGGAAGUCUAGAGAGCUCCACGACUAAUGGGGGAAGAACCGGGUUCUUCAACUCGAUCAUGCUCAAGCCUGGUGACUUCUGUGGUGAGGAGCUCCUCGCAUGGGCCCUCCAUCCCAAAUCAUCUCUCAACCUUCCUUCAUCGACUCGAACAGUGAGAUCACUCAACGAGGUUGAAGCAUUUGCCUUACGAGCUGAAGAUCUCAAGUUUGUGGCGAACCAGUUCAGGCGGCUGCAUAGCAAGAAGCUGCAACACACAUUUCGGUAUCACUCGCAUCACUGGAGGACAUGGGCGGCAUGCUUCAUCCAGGCAGCUUGGCGUCGUCACAAGAAGAGGAUGGUAGAACACAGUCUCACGAUGUCGGAAUCUUUCCAGCAAAGGGAACUUGAGAUGAUGAUGGCGCAGGAAGAAGAGGAACGAAGCUCUAGUGCCUUGAGAGGGAAGCUCAACCUCGGAGCAACGAUAUUGGCUUCGAGAUUCGCCGCGAAUACUAGGAGAGGAGUGCAGCAGAAGAUGAAGGAUGUGGAUAUGGUGAAGCUACAGAAGCCAGAGGAGCCGGACUUCUCCGCAGAAGCUGACUAAGUAGGAUCUAUAACUCUCAAUCAAGAUGUCGAUGUGGAUAGCUAUACGAAUAUAGUUUUUGCAGGAUCUUACAGCGUAUAAAAACAGAUCAGAUGGUGCUCCAUUGCACCCUGCAGGGCUGAAAAUGCUUCCCUAGAUUGCAGAAGAUAAAAGACUAGGAGCUCUUUGAAAUCCUAUGUUGUAAUUGAAGCUGUGACUAUUGAUAUGCCAUUGACAACUUCUGUAUGGCAGGCGACACUUACUAGAACAAGAUUAGAUUGAUUUUUUUAGCUGUAUAAGUUGAAUGAAUUCAUUUUUUAAGGUUGUUUCUUUUUACCUUGGACGUUGGAACCUAGAAAUACUGUAAAGUGUACUAAAGGAAAAUCAAAUUUGAGAUCAGUAUCUGCGCAAGCAAAACGACGACGUUCAGGGGGAGCAAAGAGAACAGGAAGCUGGAAGUGAAAUACAGAGAACUUCUUUCUAGUUUUGAGGAUGAAGAUAAUGUUGAUAACGGUGGGACAAGCAACGCCUUGUCUCAAUUUCAGACUUUCUCGUCUCAAUCCGUCGCCAACACUUCGAACUUCCCUCCGGCGACACAACUUCUCCUUCCGGCGAAAUCCCAUCAGAACUCCCGCCAUCGUCGCCGCCGCUGCCACUACUCCCAAGCGAUGGAGCACUGCUCUCAGCUCCAAAAGUUAUGAGUUUGCAGUUUUCGAUCCAUUGGGCAUUGAAUCAAAUGAAGAUUCUGGUUUAGCUGCUGCAUGGGAAAGCUUUGUCUCCUUGUUGUCCCCAAUAUUUGAGGUGGGUUCCUCAAGUAAUUCAAGAAAGGACAAGCCUUUACCUCGAGGAGUUGCAGCUGCAAUUGAGGACAGUUCAAUAGAUUUUGGGGAUUUCUUCAAGGGCCCAUUGCCAGGGAAGUUCCUCAAGCUAUUAGGUUUCUUAGCUCUAUCCCGCCUUGGAAUCUACAUCCCACUUGGUGGUGUUAACAGGGAAGCUUUUGUGGGGAAUUUAGAUCAGAAUAGCUUGUUGAGCACUCUGGAUUCAUUUUCUGGUGGAGGAAUUGGUAGGCUUGGGAUUUGCUCUCUUGGCAUAGUUCCAUUUAUCAAUGCACAGAUUGUGUUUCAACUUCUUGCUCAAGUGUAUCCCAAGUUGCAAGAUCUUCAGAAGAGAGAAGGGGAAGCUGGACGGAAGAAGAUUCUUCAGUAUACUCGAUAUGUUUCAGUUGGAUUUGCUAUAGUACAGGUAACCCAAACAAAAGAGAAAACCAAUGUGAAUCUGAAUGAUAGGGAGGUGGUUUAGUACUAUGGUAGUCAGUAGUAGUUCUGGAAAAGCUAUCUUUCUUGCCCGAUUUUGAUACAAUAGUAAUGUAUUUCGGGUAUUAUGUAUUAGUAGAAUGCAUGCUAUUUUCUAACAGUUCAUCUUUCUUGUUGUCGGGAUUUGAUACAAAAAUCAUGUAUUAUGAUUCUCUGAUUGCAGGCAAUUGGUCAAGUUUUCUUCCUUCGUCCCUACGUAAACGACUUUAGUUCAGAAUGGGCUAUAUCAUCCGUCACCUUACUAACGCUUGGCUCGGUUCUCACAACAUACCUCGGAGAACGAAUCUCAGAUUUGAAGCUUGGCAAUGGGACAUCUCUCUUGAUAUUCACAAGCAUCAUCUCCUACUUGCCAGCUUCUUUCGGUAGGACUACGGCUGAGGCAUUGCAGGAUGGGAACUACAUUGGUCUUGGCACCAUUGUAGCCUCAUUCUUACUGCUAGUCUUUGGCAUUGUGUAUGUUCAGGAAGCAGAGAGGAAGAUCCCACUCAACUAUGCCUCAAGGUAUAGCAGCAGCAGUGGUGGUAGCCUGCAAAAAUCUGCUUAUCUUCCAUUCAAGGUUAAUAGUUCAGGAGUGAUGCCAAUCAUAUUCUCUACGUCAUCAUUGGCUCUUCCGGGCACUCUAGCCCGGUUCACUGGAAUAUCUGUGCUAAAAAAUGCCGCCUUGGCUUUGAACCCUGGAGGUUCAUUCUAUCUCCCUACAAACAUUAUGCUAAUAGCCUUCUUCAACUACUACUACACAUUCCUGCAAUUGGACCCUGAUGAUGUGAGUGAACAAUUGAAGCGCCAAGGUGCAUCUAUCCCAUUGGUCCGCCCUGGUAAAAGCACUGCCGCCUUUCUGAAAACAGUUCUGAGCAGAAUUUCAGUUCUGGGUUCGGCUUUUCUGGCCGUCCUGGCAGCUGGGCCAGCUGUGGUUGAACAGAUCACACACUUGACAGCAUUCCGAGGAUUCGCAGGGACCUCUGUGCUGAUUCUCGUUGGUUGUGCCACAGACACUGCAAGGAAAGUUGAAGCUGAGAUCAUAUCUCAGAAGUACAAGAACAUCGAGUUUUACGAUCUUGACAAGUAUGGCAAAUGAGAUUUUGGAAGGAGAGGAUGGAAGAUCUAUAGAGUUGUAAUGCUAUUCCAAGAGUACUACAUUACACUUGAAAGUAGCUGUAGAUAUUGAAUUGUACUUGUAUGGAAAUAGUGUAUCAUAAUGUUAUA